AUGGUCUCGCGCUACAGCGUGGGCGGCAAGGAGUCGUACGCGCUGGACACGCCGCUGACGCGCGUGGGGCGGCUGCAGGGGCAGCUGGUGGGCGAGGGGCUGCGCGCGGCCGGCGUGCCCGUGCGCCACGUGUACGCGUCCGCCGCGCUGCGCUCCGUCGAGACCGCGCACGCGCUGCUGCUCGGUCUACAGGCAGAUCCAUCAGUGAAAAUAAGAGUUGAGCCAGGUUUAUUUGAAUAUAAGAUGUGGCACCUUGCUAAAGGAAUGGCUCCUUUUAUGACUCCUAUGGAAAUGCAUAAGGCUGGACUUAAUGUAGAUUUGAACUAUAAACCUUACGUCGACUUGGAAUGUAAUACACCAGAGACAUUAAACGAUUUCUUCAAAAGAAAUGAAUAUGUAAUGCAGGCAGCUGUCAAAGAUACAGAAGCAGAAGGUGGCAACAUUAUCUUUAUUGGACACGCAGCUACAUUAGAUGUCAUGGUGUUGUCGAUGAAGCGCCUAGCUGAGGGUAAAACAGACAAGGACGAUUUCAAUUACCAAACUAGUAACAAUUUACUGCGGAUUCCAUAUUGCGCCCUCGCGGCCAUGAAGUCCAACCCGUGGGAGAUUGUUUCACCUCCUUGUCCACCAUCAAUCAACUCCAGUUCCGGAAGAUAUAAUUGGAAAAUGCUUUUGGAUCUUUAAACUGGAUAUUUUUUUUUGUUAUUAUUGCCAAAAUUCCAUCGUCAAUUGAUAGGCCGUUAUUUGUUACGUAUCAAAUUAUUUGGCAACUGAUUUCUCAAAUUUACUAAAAAGUUGUGCGCUAUAAGAAUUUGCUGUGUUCUGAUUUUCAACAAUAGUGACACUAAAAUAAUAUAGAAGAGUGAAAAUUUUAAACUAAUUUUUGUAAUCAAUAUUAAAACAUUAUGUUGAUAGAAUCAAGGCUAUUGUCUUAAUAAAGACUGCAUUAUUUAACUAUACUAUUAUAAUUGCACCAGUUUAAGUUCAAAUGUUUACUGAGUUUAAUUAGGUGUAAGCUUAGUUUAUUAUAUACAUCGACUUUGGAAAAGCGAUCACUAUAGUAUAAGAUAAAGUUCCAAUAUGCAUUAUAUAAUAAGAUAUUGUACAAGCCAUACAGACUUUUUGUGUUAUAUAUUCCUAUCACUUAAAAUUCAUUAUUAUGACACUAUCAAACUGCAUUUAGAACAAUUAACUUAUUGCAUAAUUUGAAAAAUACAUUGAAUUUUGCUAGAAUAUAUAUAAUAGGUCUUGAUGUUUCAAUUUCUUUUAAUUAAGUAACUGCAAUUACAUCGCUUACUAUAGUAACAAAACUUUAUAUGUAUAUAUAUAUAUAUAUAUAUAUACCUACCUAUAUGU